AUGGCGGCCCCCGAGCAGGUUCCCGGGGAGGAAUUCGACUAUGAGGCCCUUCCUUCGAACUAUGGCCUCGGCCGGAAUAUGUUGGCGGGUGCUUUUGCAGGGAUAGCGGAACAUGCGGUCAUGUAUCCGGUGGAUUUGCUCAAGACUCGCAUGCAAGUCUUGCACCCCUCGUCCGGUGGCCUCUACACCGGCUUGACCAAUGCCUUUUCGACUAUCUAUCGCAUUGAAGGUUGGCGGACACUAUGGAAGGGCGUCUCGAGUGUGAUUGUCGGCGCGGGUCCGGCUCAUGCGGUCUAUUUCGGCACGUACGAGGUUGUCAAGGAGUUCGCAGGCGGGAACGUCGACGAUGGCCACCAUCCGUUAGCGGCCGCUUCGAGUGGUGCUGCGGCUACUAUCGCCAGUGAUGCCUUGAUGAACCCGUUUGAUGUCAUCAAGCAACGGAUGCAAGUCCACGGCUCCGUCCAUAAAACUCUCGCCCAAUGCGCCCGCACCGUCUACAAGACCGAAGGGCUGCAAGCCUUCUACGUCUCCUACCCCACCACCCUCUGCAUGACCGUUCCCUUCACCGCCACCCAGUUCGUAGCCUACGAAUCCAUCUCUAAAGUCAUGAACCCCUCCAUGGAGUACGACCCAUUCACCCACUGCAUGGCGGGUGGUCUGGCCGGUGCCUUCGCGGCCGGGAUCACCACCCCGCUGGACGUGGUCAAGACGCUUCUCCAGACGCGCGGCAUGGCGCAGAACGAGGAGAUCCGGUCCGCCAAGGGCCUCUUCAACGCCGCAUCUAUCAUCAAGCGGCAAUUCGGGUGGAGUGGUUUCCUCCGAGGCGCACGCCCCCGGAUCAUCUCGACGAUGCCCAGCACUGCCAUUUGCUGGACAUCCUACGAGAUGGCCAAGGCGUACUUCAAGGGCCUGGACUAA